CGCCCGAGGCGCAGCUGCGAGCCCGUGUCGGCGGAGACCCUCCUCUCCCCGGGACAGACCGCCUCAGUAAGCCGCGGACGCGCCAUGAGACAGGCGGCUUGGCUGGUGGCGCUGGUCGCUUUGGCCACCGCGCAGCAGUGCCCGCCCUACGACACGCUGGAGCGCACCAGCUUCCUGCCGCACGCGCGCGAGUGCGCCUCCUUCUGGCGCUGCCUGGCGGGGCAGCUGGUCCCGGGCCGCUGCCCCCCUGGGCUACACUUCAGCCCCGCGCGCGCCGAGUGCCUGCCACCCUCCCGCGCCGGCUGCCGCGCCUGCGCACCCGAGCCGCCGGCGCAGCGCUGCGACUCCCGCUGCACCUGCCUGCGCGCCGACCGCGCCAGGCACUGCCCCUACAGCCUGCAGUUCGGCGCGCACGUCGACCUCAUCGACCUGGCGCUGCGCCCCGCCUGCAGGGAAGAGCCCAACAGCUUCCCACUGACGGACCGCAAGCUGGGGCGCCUGGCGGUGAGGAACCGCACCGCGGCGCUGCGCAUGUGCGACGUGCGGGCGGGGCAGACCGAGGCGCCCCACCUGGCCGACUGCUCGCGCGGGGUCAGCUGCCCGGCGGGGGAGGAGGUGGAGGUGGAGGUGACCUGCCCGCACGGGUCCCUGUACAGCGCGCGCCUGGGCCGCUGCACAGAGGCCGCGCGCGCCGACUGCCCCGCCCCCGGGGCUCCAGAGGACUGCCCCGGGGGAGCCCCGCUGCGCGAGUGCCGCGUCACGUGCACGUGCGAGGCGCUGCGGGGACCCUGCCCGGCGCGCCUGCGCUUCGCCGCCACAGUCGGCGUGUUCCGCUCGCUGCUGCAGCCCGCCUGCCUCCCAGAGCUGGCGACCCUGGAGCUGGACGGGGAGCACUCGGGCGUGUUGUCGCUGCUCGGCAACUCGACCAGGGUGAACCACUGCCCGCUGCGGCGGGAGCAGAGCCCCUCCUUCUACCCCGACCCGGCCAGCUGCGGCCGCAUGUUCGAGUGCCACGCGGGGAGGGAGACCUCGCGCAGCUGCCCCCGGGGACAGCACUUCGACCCGGCGACCGGCGGGUGCGGCGCGCCCGACCCCGCGGUGUGCGACGACUCCCCCGCGCCGCCCGCCCCGGAGCAGGUGGGGGGCAACCUCACCUGCCCCGCGCCGGCCACCUGCCCCGCGAGCCACGCCGGCCGCCUGGCGCACCCCACCGACUGCAGCCUGUUCUGUCGCUGCGUGCGCGGCGCGCCCUUCCUGCGCGCCUGCGCGCCCGGCCUGCACUUCAGCGCGCGCGCCCGCGUGUGCGAGAGUCCGCGCAGGGCAGGCUGCCAGGCGCUGUGCGGCAGGCUGGCGGCGGUGGCGGGGGGCUCGUGGAGCCGGCCCGAGUGCGAGGCCGCGGACGGCCGCGAGGGGGACGAGUGUCGCCUGCGCUGCGAGGGGGACCGCCAGCCCGUGGGCAGCGAGGUGAUCACGUGUACCGCCAGGGGCUGGCACGGCACCGGGGGACUCUCCCUCGUGCCCGCCUGCAGGACACCACAAGAAAUUGCAGAAGAAAUAGUAAAUAAAAUCAACGAAACACUUCACCAGCACAAUCAAACUAAAAUACAAGAUACUGCUUUGCUGUUCAUCUUGGACGAAUCACGAAGUGUGAAAACAUCUAAUUUCCAAAUUGAGAAGGACUUCAUCAGCGCGCUUGUGAACAUCUUCCCGUUGUCCCGGGACCGGUCGGCCGGCGUGAUGUCCUUCAGCGGGCGCUCGGCCGUUGACAUCGGCCUCGACGAGACCUCCACCUGCCGCUUCCUGUCGCGGCUGGGCGGGGUGCGCUACUCGUCGGGCCGCACCGACAUCGCCCGGGUGCUGCGGCUGGCCGCGGCGGAGACCGACGCCCGCGCCCCCAACAAGACAACGCUCAUUUUCCUGGUGACGGACGGGAGGAGCCAGACGGACCCCGUGGAGGCUGCCCAGGUGCUCAAGAGCCAGAACCGCGUGCUGUUCAUGAUAGGCGUGGCGCGGUACGUGCGUGAGCAGGUGGAGCCCAUCUCGUCCACAUACCGCGACGGCUCCAAGCUGUUCUUCGGCCUGCCCAGCUUCCGGGUGUUCAAGGUGGUGGCGGACUACUUGAAGACCAAAUAUACUCAAGGAGCCGAGCAAGAAUGCAGUAACUCUACUCAAGUUUUUACAGCUACACAAUAAAUAACACACAAAAAAACUCUCAAAUGUGGACAUUAUACUUAAAAAUUAAUUUUCCCUAGGUAGUUAAUGGAAGAGAAAAAAAUAAUGUAAAACUAUAAUUAUAAAAAUUAAAACUAA